AUCGACGUUAACGGCGAAAUAAUGACACAGUGGACGACGGCCGUCUUUCUUUUCCUGAUGACGCGACUCUUCGUAUUCUCAUCCUCGCAGCAUCGGGACCGGGAAAACUUCUGCGAGUCUCAACAGACCUGCGCGAGCUGCUUACAAAUGCCGCGAUGCGUGUGGUGUUCCACGAUGGUAUCUGGACAGAAUGCAAGCAGUCCUUUGCUGCGUUGUGUAUCUAAACAGACGUUUUUGAGAGAAGGCCAUUUCUGGUGUCCACUAUCAGACGUAAUACAUCACGAAAAUACGAUGGACAUCCUCGAGAAUUGGCCAUUGUCUUCGAUCAAGGGUAAAGAUCCUAUCCAAGUUCAACCCCAGAAGAUACGCUUGCGUCUCAGGCAAGGAGAGGAUUAUCGCGUGAUUCUGAAAUAUAGUCAAGCAGAGGAUUAUCCUGUGGAUCUAUAUUAUCUUAUGGAUCUAUCCGCGUCUAUGGAACCGUACAGAGAUAAAUUGUCGAAACUCGGCCUGCAGUUGGCUAAAGCUAUGCAAAAGCUCACGUCGAAUUUUCGUAUCGGCUUUGGCAGUUUUAUAGACAAGGUCGUUUUACCGAUGACCAAUACGCAACCUGACAAAUUGAUAUCUCCCUGUAUUUUGAAAACUGGAAAAUUAUGCGCACCGCCUUAUAACUACAAAAACCAGAUGUCUCUUACGGAAAACGUAUCUCUUUUUAAGGAUCAGGUACAGGCGGCACCAGUGUCAGGUAAUUUGGACGGUCCUGAAGGUGGGUUCGAUGCGAUGAUGCAGGUUAUCGUGUGUACCAAGGAAAUCGGCUGGCGCCCAAAAGCGCGUCAUCUUAUCGUGUUCUCGACCGAUGCGGUCUUCCACGUCGCCGGAGACGGUAAACUUGCAGGAAUAAUAGAGCCCAACGAUUGCAUGUGCCAUUUGGAUGAGAAAGGAUUCUAUAGCCAUUCCCUUCUACAGGAUUAUCCGUCAAUUUCUCAGCUCAAUAGAAAAGCGCGCGAACAUAACAUGAACAUUAUCUUUGCGGUUCCUGAUCACAAAAAUGCGACUUAUCAGCGAUUGAGUAAAAGUAUCAGUGGUUCUUCAACAGGCACUUUGGAAAACGAAUCACAGAACGUCGUGGCCUUAGUGAGCAAUGAAUACGAGAAACUAGUAGACUCAGUGACAAUAAUCGACACAGCACCGAAGAUAAUCAAUAUUAAAUAUUUCUCCCGAUGUUUAAACAAAACGGGAGAAUUGCUAGAACGUCAAGAAUGCGAAGGACUUCGCGUAGGCAAUGUUAUUGAGUUUGAAGUUGUGAUCAAGGUUGUUGAAUGCCCCAAAGAUCCGAAAGAUUGGCAGCAAACUGUGGAGAUUAAACCCAGAGGCUUGAAUGAGAGUUUGACUAUCGAUAUAGAAAUCAUAUGCGAUUGUCCUUGUGAGAAACCUGGGCAUCCGGGAUAUCGAUUGAACGCUGCGGAAUGUAAGAAUAACGGCAAAUCAGUGUGCGGCGUGUGUUCCUGUAAUCCCGGUUUUUACGGAAAGCAAUGCGAGUGCGAGGGAAACGAGGUCGGUGCUGGCGACUCGAUCUCGAUGGCUGAUUGCAAACCCGACAACCAAACCGCGGAGAUUUGUAGCGGACACGGUACAUGUAAAUGCGGCGUCUGCGACUGCGAUAAACGACCGAACAAUCCGCAUGAGGUGUUUUAUGGGAAAUAUUGCGAGUGCGAUAAUUUUUCGUGCAAACGAAGCGGUGGCCAGGUCUGCGGCGGACGCGGCAAGUGCGAAUGCGGUACCUGCAAUUGUCUACCGGGCUGGGGUGGCGAGACGUGCGACUGCAAGGAGACCAAUAGCACAUGCAUCCCACCGUCGGGCGAGAACGUCGAGAUUUGCAGCGGCCGCGGAGACUGCAUCUGUGGUAGUUGCCAUUGCCAGGAACGGGACAAUAUCCGAUAUUCCGGACAAUACUGCGAGGAGUGCCCUACAUGUCCGGGACAAAGAUGCGAGGAGCUGAAGGAUUGCGUAGAGUGCGUAGCGUAUAAUACAGGACCGCUCGCGAAGGAUGGGAGAUGUGACUUGUGUAUGCACGAAAUUGACAUUGUCGACGUUGUCGAGGAAGAGCCUGUGAAGGACGAAGAAACCGGUGCCCGCAUAUGCCGAACACCCGGUGAUGCAGGCUGCACGUUUGUCUUCAAAUACCAGUAUCAUAGAGACGGUACUGGUGGGGACAUUAAAAUCUUCAAGAUUCGAGCUCAGAAAGAGAGAACUUGUCCGGCACCUAUUAAUGUCUUCGGUGUUGCGCUGGGCGUCGUCAUAAGUACCGUCAUUAUCGGUUUCCUGAUUCUCCUCAUUUGGAAGAUUAUCACGAUGAUCCACGAUAAGAGAGAAUACGCAAAGUUCGAGAAGGAGCGCGCUCUCGCCAAAUGGGACAGGGGCGAGAAUCCUCUCUAUAAACAAGCGACAUCGACUUUCAGCAAUCCGACGUUUAACGCUAGAGAUUUUUAAUUUAUAAUAAUUUAAGACUCUCAUUGUGAUAUUAGCUAUUUCUAUUAAAAUCUUUCAAUUCUAUUUGUCAUGCAUUAGAAUUUCAUAACAUUUUGAAAAUUUUAAAAUAUAGCGUACAUUUCUUAUUAAUAUAAUCUAAUUAUAUUAUUAGAGACAUUAAAAGAAAGCAUAUUUUGUAAGUUACUUAAUUUAUUAUUUUAGAUUUCAAUAAUAAACUAAAAAUAUGGCACACAAAAUAAUAAUUAGUACAUAAAUUGUUCGGAUUAAAAAAUAAAAUUUGUACAGCACAAAUUGCGCA